UCGGGGAUGAAAUUAAGGCAAACCCCACUGAUGUGGUAGAUUCGUGACUGUCCACUCUUAGGCCGUCUGGCAACGAUAUCUUUCAACAAAGGGUCACGGUGAUCUUAUGUCAUUAUUUAGAAUGCAACCAUUCAUUGCGCACACCCUUAGAAACACAUGUCAUACGAAGGGGCAAUUACUACGACUACACAAUCAGGCAUUACGGUGCAGUAGAAGCACGUUGCUGUUUGGCAAAUCGAACACAAGUCCAUGCUUUCGACGACUAUCGACCGUUUGUGCAUCGACACGAGUACUGCGCUCAACGACACCUUACGCUUGUGCCCUUCUUCCAGUAUCUCAUGUUCAAGCGCAGGCUCACCAUGUUGCAGAAAAAACAGCCACUCCCUCGGAAAUCGAAGUUGCUGCGGCCCAGCCGUCUCAUUCCCUUCUGAAACGUGCCUUACAACGACUACUGGAAGCGAUCGAUGACUGGAUAUUAGAACCUAUUCUUACUCUUCGACGGUUUGCGCAUUUACUGCUGUUGUUUCUGCCAGUCUUAGCCACGGCUCCCAUCAUGCUCUACGGACGCCCCACGUCGGAAAAUGAGCGGUCUGGCACUAUAUGGUGGUUUGAUUUCUUCUCAACUCAAAUGGAAAAAGCGGGUCCUACAUUUAUAAAGCUUGCUCAGUGGAUCGCAUCCCGCACUGAUUUAUUUCCGAUGGCAUUGUGCACGCGGCUUUCCAAACUGCAUUCCCAGGUGGAUCCACAUCCUUUCGGUUACACAAAACGCGUAAUUGAAGAAGCGUUUGAUAGAAAACUGGAAGACAUAUUUUUAGAAUUCGGACCGAAACCACUGGGAGUGGGGGCUAUUGCUCAAGUGUACAAAGCAAGGAUCCGUCCUGAAAUCCUCAUUGGUCAAUCGCAAGAGCAGCUGGCUCUCAGCGACAAUGUUGUCACUUCCGAUUCGGUACGAACGCAUGACAUCCAAGGCAAUCCUAUCAAUAUCCACACAGCCGUGGCUGUAAAGAUCAUCCAUCCCCGCGCUCGGCAAAUCGUCGAUCGAGAUCUGAAAAUCAUGGCCUUUUUUGCCAGGGUAUUGACCUUGAUUCCCACCUUCCACUGGCUGUCGCUGCCGGAUGAAGUGCAAGUGUUCGGACGGAUGAUGAAAGAACAGUUGGAUUUACGUGGCGAGGCGCAUAACCUGCAGAGGUUCAACGAGCUGUUUGGGAAGUCCAUGCAGAUUAAAUUUCCAAAGCCAUUGAUUCACUUUACUACGAAAGACAUGCUUCUGGAAGAAUAUGAAAAGGGAAUUCCGUUAGACAUAUUCUUGAAAGAAGCCUCUCGGUCGAGACGUCAAGGAGAAUCUCCCAGUGUAUUUGAUCACAAAAUUGCUGACAUUGGCUUGGACGCAUUUCUCCAUAUGUUGAUCUUUUACAACUUUGUUCACGCCGAUCUCCAUCCUGGCAACAUCAUUGUCAAGUUUUACAAGCCGUCGGCCUACCAUCCAGUACAGCGUGCUUGGUCACAUCUAUUGGGACGCAAGCUAGUUGAUGAAGGCGAUUUGGCGGUUGAGAGAGUAUUAAGUGUCUGUGAUGAUACUGAAGCGAUGCGAGAGGAACUGGAAAAGCUACACGACGAAGGCUACAGCCCUCGCUUGGUGUUUAUCGACACGGGCUUGAUCAACGAGCUGAAUGAUGUAAAUCGUCGAAAUUUUCUCGAUUUAUUCCAAGCGAUUGCUUCGUUCAAUGGCUAUCGAGCGGGUGAAUUGAUGGUGGAGCGAUGUCGUACGCCGGAAUUGGUGGUAGACCCCGAUGUAUUCGCUCUUCGUAUGCAGAAAUUGAUCCUGGGUCUGAAACAAAGCACAUUUAAUCUUGGCGCCAUCAAAAUCGGCAAUCUUUUACACGAAGCCAUGAACAUGGUGCGUGCGCAUCAUGUGAAACUUGAAGGCGAUUUUGUAAACAUCGUGGUGAGCAUUAUGUUACUGGAAGGCAUUGGACGACAGUUGGAUCCGGAUGUAGAUCUAUUUAAGAGUGCUCUUCCCGUCCUACGUGAUUACAGUAUGCAGAACCGAGGCAAAGCCACGCUGGAAGGCAUGAGAGAGGUUCAAAAACAUGGCAGUACACCUCAUUGGAUCAAAGUCUGGGUAUUCCUCGAGUUUCGAAAUUAUUGGGGUCGCAAUACCAGAGAUGAAGAAUGGAUGCAGUUGUGUGACAUUUUAUGCCCAAAUUAAUCUCAAGACCACCGGUCCUUUUCCUGUAUCAGAUACACUAAGUUUUAAUCCUUUCACGCAAUUAUACCAGUCAAGACUUUUUUCGCAAAAAAAAAAACAAAAAACAAAAAACAAAAAAAUUGAAGUUCAUGCCAGCCAUUUUGCGCAUCUAGCAUGUUCUUUGUCCGACAAUGUUGCUAUGGUUGCAAAUCUUCCCCUUCCUUUUUUUCCCUUCAUCCCCUUAUUUCUUAGUUUGGUAACUGCUUUUUUGCUAUGGCGUUUCCACGUGCCAUUUGGGUAUAGUUGUGUUAGGGGAAACAGCAACAAAAAAGCAGAUCCAUCUAAAUUGCAAUAAGCUCUAUCUAAGAAUCACAGCAAACCUCGUAGUAAACCCACGUGACAGUUGACGACUUCUCCUUCUUCGGACUCAUUGUUUUUCUUUUUGGAUUUUUUGUCCUGCUCCAAUUUUUUUUGGUUUUUUUUUUUCGUACGG